AUGUCUGACCAGCAGAAGGGGUUGGCUAAGGCAUUGCAUGAGGUAAUGCCACAAGCCCAUCAUAGGAAUUGUGUCUUACAUAUAUGGAAAAACUUCAUCAAACACUUUAAGGACAAGCACACAAAGGGGCUGGUUUGGAAGGCUGCUAAGAGCACAACAAUGAGAGAAUUCAAAGACUCAAUGAAACUUGUGAAGAAGGUGAACACAGCUGCUUGGGAGUAUCUACAGAAGUUUGAUCCUGCUUCAUGGACGAAGGCUUACUUUAGCCAUGGCCCGAAGUGUGACAAUAUCACCAAUAACAUGUGCGAAGUUUGGAAUGCCAAGAUCGUGGAGUAUAGAGAGAAACCGAUUUUAACUAUGUGCGAGGAGUUUCGAAGUUACAUUAUGCGAAAGAUGGCAGGGCACAAGCACAGAAUAAGCAAAUACAAGGGUAAAUUAGCUCCAGUUCAACAACUAAGGCUGGAUGAGUACAUCAUUCCUGAGAGCAAUAAGCGGACAGCAGAGUGGGCUGGGGAUGAGGCAAGGGUAUUGUUUGAAGUCCAGAGGUACCAGACUAGAGUGGCUGUUAACUUGCAAAGACAUACAUGUGCUUGCAACGUUUGGCAACUAACAGGGUUGCCUUGCAAGCAUGCAGUAGCUGCUAUCUCAAGGUUAAGGAAACAAGGGCUGAGGCUAGAGAAUUUUGCACAUAAAUGGCUUACAAUGGAAGCUGUUCGGGCUACUUAUGGGGACUCCAUUAAACCAGUGAAUUCUGAGGAGUUUUGGAAAGAAACAAACAGGCUGCGUCCAGAGGCACCAAUCAUUAGGAGACCCCCAAGGAGACCAACCAAAAAAAGGGCUGUUGAUGUGGUGGCUGAGUCACAAAUGCAGCAGCAAGGUCACAAGGUGAGGAAGUCUUUCCAAGUCACGUGCAGUAAAUGUGGGCAAAAGAGACACUGA